CCUUCACACGCGUCAAACACAAUAGCACUUGACGUACUGGUCCAAGGAUACACACGGUAAAAGUCUCGGCCUCGCUAGUCCUUGCGAUUUGGUCGCGUCGCUUUAGCAGCCACAUCCUCUGUCUUUUAUCUUUCGAGUAGAAAGGAAACAGGAGGGAAGGUAUGACACCUACUUUGCUGCGAGGGCUGUGUGCGCAGGCCACCAAGACAUCCGUCGAGGCAGUCAGCGCAUGGCGACGUGAGGCCAGGGUGUUAGCUUCAGCCACGACGAAGAGGAGGUCUGUCGCCGCGUUGCCGGCGGCGAGGGCACUGUGCUCCGCAGCACCGGUAGCAGUGGGCGACGAAGACCCCAAGGUGACCUUCGUGAACUUGGAAUUACCGCCUCAGGACAUCGGCACGGCGAUGAAGCCGCAGCAGAUGGUGGACCAGCUGGAGGAGCACAUCGUCGGACAGUCGGACGCUAAGCGGGCGGUGGCGAUCGCUCUGCGCAAUCGCUGGCGCCGUGCGAAGCUUGAUGAAGAUUUGAGGGGGGACGUGAUUCCGAAGAACAUUCUGAUGAUCGGUCCCACGGGCUGCGGGAAGACGGAGAUCGCUCGACGCGUCGCCAAGAUGUCUCAGGCGCCCUUCAUCAAGGUGGAGGCAACCAAGUUCACUGAGGUCGGGUUCCACGGUCAAGACGUUGACCGGAUCAUCAAGGACCUCGUGGAGGUGGGGAUCACCAUGACCAAGAAGAAGCAGAUGGCGGAACAUAGAGAAGCGGUCAAAAGAACGACUGACUCGAUCAUUAUCGACUGUCUGGUUGGAGAGAAGAGCGGUGCAAGCAGCCGGGAAAGCUUCGAAGACCUGCUCAAGAAGGGGGCGUUAGAGGAAUAUAACAUCAAGGUACCCUUGAAUCGCAACAAUACCCCCGACAUGCCGGGAGUAAUCUUCUCCGACAACAGCCGGGCCAACAUGCCCAAGGUCGAGGACAUCAUGCAGGUGCUGAAGGCGAGCACGGGGGGCAAGAACCGCAAGCAAGAGCAAGAGAUGAAGAUUAAAGACGCGCGGCCGCUGAUCGAAGACAUGGAGAUCGAGAAACGGUUGGACAUGGCGCAGGUGACGAGAGACGCUAUGAAGGCCGUGGAAGAGACGGGAAUCGUCUUCAUCGACGAAAUCGACAAGAUUUGCAACGCGGGCGAGCGGCGAUCCGCGGACGCGAGCGCGGAGGGGGUGCAGCGCGACCUGCUACCCAUGAUCGAGGGGUCGAGCGUGUCGACGAGACACGGCAACAUUGACACGAGCUUCAUCCUCUUCAUCGCCUCGGGGGCCUUCCACUCGUGCAAGCCUAGCGAUAUGCUGGCCGAGCUGCAGGGGCGGCUUCCUAUCCGCGUCCAGCUGAAGGGCCUGAGCGAGGACGACCUGUGCAAGAUCCUAACAGAGCCGAAGAACAACCUAAUCCGCCAGCAAGUGGAAAUCAUGAAAACUGAGGGGGUAGACUUGCGGUUCACGGACGAUGCCAUCCGGGAGAUCGCCCGUGUUGCGGCGUACGUGAACAAGACGGUGGAGAACAUCGGGGCGAGAAGGCUGCACACUGUGCUCGAGCGAAUUGUCGAGACGAUCAGCUUCGACGCCUCUGAGAUGGAGGAGGGCACAGUGGUUUCGGUUGACAUCGACCUGGUGAAGGAGCGAGUCAGUGACAUGCUCGAAGGAUCGGACCUUUCGAAGUUCAUCAUUUGAUGCGGUCUACCAUAUAACUGAUCCAGUCAACCGCUGCCGCCGCUGCUGUGCCUGCUGCCGCCUGCUUCUGUAGAUACUGACCGCCCGUACGUGGUAAUAAAGGACGUACGCGGGAACGAAUACCUUGUGGGGGGGGUGGGUCCGCGAGCGCGUUUUUGUCAAGUUUUAGGGGCUACAUAACGAACUCAUGCCCUUGCAACCAACCAAAGUCAUCGCAAAGCCGGAGCCUGACUAAAUUUGUCGGUACUGGCGCUUGAGGUUUCCCGUUACAAGUGCAGACGAAACUUCACCUGUAUUUGAAAGUGUUUGUUUUAACUUCGUGUUGCGAGUUUUCGCCGUACCGUUCGUGCUUCGCGCUUUGAUGCGCACGUUGCUCAACAGUGAACGAUCAAUGGCACCUCUUGUCCAGCAAGGUUCUGCCACAAAUGGAAGCGGACCGGGCUUGGCGUGUAGUAGGUUCCCUUUGAUUGGUGCUGAUUGUUUCUACACAAACGGUGAUGCUUUAUAGCCGACGACAGUGGUUCGGAUUGCGUGCAAUGGACUGGGACCGCGAGAGGGUGGGGGAUGUGGGGAAGGAUGCAGACCGGGUGGUCAUUGCCACGUGACCUGCGCUCGUCCUCUCGCAUCUUUGGUGGUCAGUAUUAUGUUACUGGCCUGUUUCGAAUGAGUGCAUCGGUUGCCAACGCGAGAUCCGACUGCGGAUGUGGCUUGCUUUGUAAGGCCCUCCGAGUUCUUAACUCAGAAGCUACCCCGCCAUUCUUGUCGAACCUCCCCACGGCUUUGAUGUCCAACCCAACGGUCGUGCAACAGCCCGGGUUGAAAUUUGUCCGGUAGCAUACCUGGAGCUCUUUGGCCGUUUUUGCCCCGACAAUCGGCUUCCAACUGAAGGAUACACCCAUGUCGGGUUAGGCACCCGAACCGAACCCCAUGGUACAAGCUGAGACUCUCACGCGUCUGUGCAAGGGCAGUUUUAACACCGUUGCCAGCCGGUUGAUUGCCGUGGUGGGUUUGCCUGCUUUGUUCAAUGCAAACCCUGAAAAAGUUGAAAUCGUUCUAAGAAAAACAAUGUUGUCUGCGCCACUUCUCAAUCCUCCAGCAGGCCUUAAACUUGUUCGACACCCACCGCAUUACUCUCCACGUACAGGAUUCGCCCUGAACCCGGAGAGAGGUGUUGAAAUACGUGGGGACAUCUUCAUAAUGUGCGUGUGAAGAUAGGAGCGUGAUAUUUCCGAUCCCAUGUUGCCUGGCGCCGGUCAAGGCUCUUCCGCGUCGAGGCUUAUCCAAUUUUAUUGUUUCAUCCAACACGACAGCACACACAGGCGUUCGUCUCUCGCAGCACAAAUCUACUAACUCCAGCGACUUCGCUCUAUGCCCAUUGCCGUCGGUGAAGGAGGGCCCACUCGCGCUUUAGAGCUGACGUGGCCCCCCGAGGCGUACCCUCUCUCCAUUCAAGCGCAAUAGUUUCGCAUCACCAGCGGGAUCCCGCCCGCUCCAUAGCUCUCAGGUCGUUAAGCUUGCACGCAUGCACAGAGAUAGAAGCACAUGAAAAAUACGUUGACGACCCUUUUUAUCCUGCAAGGAACCAUCCCUCUAUUGGAGAACCCGUGAUUACUUCCGGUCGGUUACAACAUUGAGAGAGAGAAAAAAGUGGCCCGGUCGGUUGGUAAACCACUGUGAGAUGUUCUUAUUGUCCGACUCCGACCAAAAUAUCGAUCCCUACAACGCCUUAAGGAUUCGACCCUAUAUAUAGUCUACCACGAGGUACCACACCCACAAAAACGAGACACUCCCACAAAAUACACCCGGUGAGAAAGGAUAUAGUCUACCUGGUAUAUCAAACGAGGAACCGAAAACACCUGUGCUAGGCCGCAUGUAACCACGGGCCCCACGCAGCUGUUACCCCGGUGAUGACACAGCGAUGGUCCUUGAUCCCAAGCGGGCAGGCCCAGCUGGGAACGCAUGCAGCGCACCCUUCUGAGUGCAGGGACACUACCCCGCAUGGCCGAACGUGUCCGAUUUUUUCUCCCCUUUGUUCUCGGCAUAUAUCUACCCUUCUUCCCCUCGCUGCCUCGGGAAGGUUUUGCGUAGGCAUGAUCCAUGAUAGCGAGGGGGGGGGUCUUUCUAGCGAGCAGGGCUAGACUCACCCUCAAGGGACCGAUACCUUCUUGCUGCGGCGCACCCGCCGCGAGGUGUGCGUAGUGGUGGAGUUGGGUCGGCACUGAUGCGUCAGGUCCAAAGGUGCAAGCGCGGGCCUCCAGGCCGUCGGUGUACGCAGCAAUGCCCAUCUCAUCUUUGUGCGCGGAGGCAGACGUCAUCAGAAAGGUGGACGGGCACUAUGUACACGGUCCUUGGUUUGCUAGAGGGAGCUGUAACGUCUCGGUAACCUGGUUUUGCUAUCAAAGGAGGAGGGCACAGGUGGUGACGAGCUGAUUGGGCUGGUUGACCCUUCGGCGCGAGAAUUUUCACACCAAGAAUCCUAAAGUGCAACGCGGGAGAAAGCGAGGAACCGACUGGGAAGGACAGCAACGAGAGCAUGUACGAAGCGGAGCGGGUCGAGUUUGGUCGUGCUAGGACUGGCCACAGCAGCACAGGAGCAGCGGCACCGGAGCAGCGGCACGGAGCAGCGGAACCGGAGCAUGCGGACGGCNUCCUAAAGUGCAACGCGGGAGAAAGCGAGGAACCGACUGGGAAGGACAGCAACGAGAGCAUGUACGAAGCGGAGCGGGUCGAGUUUGGUCGUGCUAGGACUGGCCACAGCAGCACAGGAGCAGCGGCACCGGAGCAGCGGCACGGAGCAGCGGAACCGGAGCAUGCGGACGGCAUCGAACCGUGGCGCACGGACAAACAUUUCUUGUGUUGUCAAUUUUUU